UGGUCACUGCAAAACAAAACAAACUCAUGCUUCUCUCUCCCCCUCUCUGGCUCUCUCUCAAGCGUACACACCCACCAUCCACUUAUAUUCUAAUCCCAAAGCUCCCACCCAUCCCAACAAACCCUUCCUCGCUAUAACACUCUUCUCUAUAUGCACUGGUGGUGUUUGGUGCCUUUUCCUCCUUGCUUUGUCCGCGUUUUUGGCCAUUUGCCCCCCCUUAUUGCUUGUUUUUUAUUUUUAACGCAAGAAAUAGCGAUAGGAGGUAUCCAACACCACUUUUGUUCAACAUGUUUGAGCUGGGGAAGGUUGUAAUUCAAGAGAGGUCAUCUUUGUCUCACUCAACUGACUGAAGAAAUGAAUGCUCUGCAUUUCUGAGACAGCCCAUCAUGGAUCUGGAGUCUGUGACCUACCGAAAUCCAAUUAAGAAGGAAUCAUGGAAGACCGUGUUAACUUUGGCUUAUCAAAGCCUGGGUGUUGUAUAUGGAGAUUUGAGCACCUCCCCUCUGUACGUUUACAAAAGCACUUUCGCCGAGGAUAUCCAACAUUCAGAGACAAAUGAAGAAAUAUUCGGCGUUUUGUCUUUUGUGUUCUGGACCCUUACACUCAUACCCCUGGUCAAGUAUGUCUUCAUUGUGCUUCUGGCAGAUGACAAUGGCGAAGGAGGGACCUUUGCUCUGUAUUCUCUGUUAUGCCGGCAUGCCCGUGUCAGCUUACUGCCUAAUACCCAGCUCGCCGACGAGGACUUGACGGAGUAUACGAAAGAUGGGAUUAUGGCAGACGAUAAGAGAGCUGUUGGGUCGAGCUUGAAAUCGGUGUUGGAGAAACGCAGGGGGCUGCAGCGGGUACUGCUUGUUCUGGCUUUGAUUGGAACUUGCAUGGUCAUCGGGGAUGGCGUGCUCACACCAGCAAUUUCUGUAUUUUCUGCUGUGUCGGGCCUCGAGCUUUCCAUGUCAAAAGAGCAGCACCGAUAUGUUGAGGUUCCAGUUGCUUGUAUAAUACUGGUAUUUUUGUUUGCGCUCCAACAUUAUGGGACCCAUCGUGUGGGAUUCCUGUUUGCACCAGUUGUGAUGACCUGGCUGCUAUGCAUCAGUGGCAUUGGUAUUUACAAUAUCAUUCAUUGGAACCCACAUGUAUAUGAAGCUCUUUCCCCUUAUUAUAUGUUCAAGUUUCUGAAAAAGACCCAGAGGGGAGGUUGGAUGUCCUUGGGUGGAAUUCUACUGUGCAUAACAGGUUCAGAAGCCAUGUUUGCCGAUUUAGGACACUUUUCACAAUUGUCAAUCAAGAUUGCUUUCACCUUUUUGGUGUACCCAUCUCUAAUCCUAGCAUAUAUGGGACAAGCUGCUUAUCUUUCCAAGCAUCAUUCCCUUGAAAGUGACUACAGAAUUGGCUUCUAUGUAUCCGUACCUGAGAAAAUUAGAUGGCCUGUUCUUGUAAUAGCCAUACUUCAAGCUGUGGUUGGAAGUCAAGCUGUCAUCACCGGGACUUUCUCAAUAAUCAAACAAUGCUCGGCUUUGAGCUGCUUCCCCAAAGUCAAAAUUAUCCAUACAUCUUCUAAGAUACACGGUCAGAUUUACAUUCCAGAUAUCAACUGGACUUUGAUGCUUCUUUGUCUGGCCAUUACAGUUGGAUUUAGGGACACAAAACGCAUGGGAAAUGCAUCAGGAUUGGCUGUCAUAACUGUCAUGCUGGUGACCACUUGCCUAAUGUCUCUGGUCAUAGUCCUAUGCUGGCACAAAAGUAGUGUUCUAGCCAUUUGCUUUCUGUUCUUCUUUGGCUCCAUUGAAGCACUCUACUUCUCUGCUUCCCUCAUCAAGUUCCUUGAAGGGGCUUGGGUUCCUAUUGCCCUCUCAUUCAUCUUCCUCAUUAUCAUGUAUGUAUGGCACUAUGGCACAAUUAAGAAGUACGAGUUUGAUGUUCAAAAUAAGGUCUCCAUCAACUGGCUUCUCAGUCUCGGCCCCACAUUAGGAAUAGUAAGGGUCAGGGGAAUUGGCCUCAUACACACCGAGCUUGUAUCAGGGAUCCCGGCCAUUUUCUCUCACUUUGUUACCAAUCUGCCUGCUUUCCAUCAGGUUGUAAUCUUUCUCUGCAUCAAAUCAGUCCCAGUGCCACAUGUCAGACCUGAAGAAAGGUUCUUGGUGGGUAGAGUUGGCCCUAAGGAGUAUAGGCUUUAUAGGUGCAUAGCAAGGUAUGGCUAUCGUGACAUUCACAAGGAUGACAUGGAAUUUGAGCAAGAUCUUAUUUGCAGCAUAGCUGAGUUUAUCCGGUCAGAUACUUCUAAAUGUGGCUUAGAAUUUAACAAUUUCGAAGAUGACGCAAAGAUGACGGUUGUUGGGACUUCAGCAUCAAAAUUAGGUGUAAGAAUGUGUGAGGAUGAUAUAGAUUCCUGUCAAAUGGAAGGUACUUCAGAGUUGAGGGAGGUCAAAUCUCCUGAGAAAGUUAAGAAGCGGGUCAGGUUUGUAGUGCCAGAAAGCCCAAAGAUUGACUUAAAUGCAAAGGAGGAGCUGCGGGAGCUAAUGGAGGCAAGGGAAGCAGGAAUGGCAUUUAUAAUAGGCCACUCAUAUGUGAGGGCAAAAAGAGGAUCAAGCUGGAUAAAGAAAGUUGUGAUCAAUUAUGGGUAUGAUUUCUUAAGGAGAAACUCUAGGGGACCAACAUUUGCCUUAAGCAUCCCUCAUGCAUCUACCCUGGAGGUGGGCAUGAUCUAUCACGUCUGAAUUUUGGCUAGCAGUUAUGUAGCCUAGUUUUGUAACUAGUGAUGUUAUUUAAUUAGCUCGGCCUACAUAAAUAAACUUGAUAAAUGGCGGCAUUUUGUAUAGUUUCCCUCCAAGCUUUCCCGGCAAGCAUAAGUGUUGCCAUUACCGAGGUUCUUCUGACCGGCAGAUAAUUGCUUCUUCUUUCUUUCUUUUUCUUUACCACUUCUGUGUCGUCUCAGUACAUAAAUAAGCUAUCAGGAGGGGUAGUUCUCCAUUAUCUAAAGCCCAGAUCUGAAAUAAAGGUCAAUUUUAGGUUGACAAGGAAUAUUAUGUACAUGGUUCUCAGAAUGAAUGAGAAGAGAUAAGUCAAACAAUAUAGAGGUUGGUACUUUGGGGGCUGUAGAAUCCCUUCUUGUGUCUUCAUAUAUACUUGAUAACCUCAGCCAGGCAGCCAAAUUUCAGGAAAUCUAAUAACUGUCACGGGCUGUUUGGUUGGAUUGUUUGGUUGGAUUACAUGUAACCUUGAUACAAUUCUCAUUUACAAACUGUUUGGUUGACAUUUUGCCUAUAAAGGCCAUUGUGUAAUGCAAUCUCAAUUAUAAAAAAUGUGGUAAUGCGGAUUACAUCAAAAAACCUAUGUAAUCCCUAUUUUCAUCAAA